AUGAGCCGGGCAUUGUUCAGAAAAGCCACCAACGACGUCGCCCGGCUCAUACGGCGGAACACAGUGGCAGAAGAUCCUUCUGGUAAAACCAGGCUUGCUAGUUUGAACCUUAGGCGACUGCAGUCGAGGCCUCAGUUUCUAGGGAGAGGAAAGCAAACCGGGCUCUCACCUCCUCCUCCUUCUUCCUCGUCUGUUGGUUUCGUAGGAUGGUAUCUUGGUAUGUUGAAGUCACGCCCAGUUUUCACCAAAAGCGUCACAUCUUCCCUUAUUUACAUCGCCGCCGAUUUGUCUUCUCAGACGAUUGGGAAAAAAUCAUCCGACUCUUAUGACUUAGUGCGGACAGCAAGGAUGGGUGGAUAUGGUCUAUGUGUCUUGGGUCCAACACUUCACUGUUGGUUCAAUUUCAUGUCAAAACUCUUACCCAAACAGGAUUUCAUUACAUCGCUUAAGAAAAUGGCUAUGGGAAAUAUAAUCUACGGGCCUAUUAUGAUGGUCACUUUCUUCUCUUUGAACGCAUUACUACAGGGUGAAGGCAGAUCAGAUAUAGUUGCCAGAUUGAAAAGAGACUUUCUACCUGCGAUGCGAAACUGUGUCAUGUAUUGGCCUAUAUGUGAUUUUAUAACGUUCAAGUUCUUCCCCGUUCAUUUACAGCCUCUUGUAAGCAACGCGUUUUCCUAUUUGUGGACGAUCUACAUGACUUACAUGGGAAACCGUAAAAAACCAGAUGCCAUUUCAAGCUGA